AUGGAGGACGCUGAACAGGAAGAAGCAGACAGCGAAAACGUCCGCGGGGCAGGCUCUCCAGUGAGACUACACGGAAUGGGAGAUAUGGAGCGGAAGCAAGAAAGGAAGGUGAGACAGUUGGUCGACCCGGAAGAAAGUGAACAGGUGGAGAAGCCCCAACAGGAAGGGUUUCCCCCCUCAAGUGAACCUCCACUAGUAGGUCAAACACCCUCGAAUGGAUCAACUGGGGAUCGAUCAGAUGAUCCACACAAAGGAAACGAAAAUGGUGACAAAAACUGCAAUGCUUGCAACUUUUGCGAAGAUGUGUGUUUCUCCAUCCUGUGCGCAAGGUGCAAAAUAAAGAGGAAGAAUCUGUACGCUAAGUACAAGAAAUAUAAAAAGCACAACUUGAGAAUUUGUCAAAAAGAAAUUAAACUCGUGCUGAAGUUGAAUAUGAAGGCGAGGGCAGAGAUACUGUCGGGGAGUCUCCCGGAUGGGGAGAGCAGAGGGCGGCGCGAAGUGGGAGAAGCGGGAAAGGCGAUAGAUGGGGGGGAAGCGGUAGACGCGACAGACGCGGUGGACCCCCCGAACGCGAGGAACCCCCCUAACGCGGCACACCCCGCGCAGGCAGAACAGAGCAACCCCAACGGCGAGCGCGACGAAAAGGAAACGCCCCAAAGGAGAGACCAGUACGACACGCUAAAGGACGCCAUCAGGAGGAGCAAAAGUCUCACCUACUCGGAAUGCGAAAGGGAAGAAAAAAAAAUGAAAUACUAUAAUUACACCAAGUAUAAACAGUGUUUUACCAAAUGUGAAGUCAGAAGACACUGCGAUGUGAAUGACUGCUGGGUGGUGGCCAAUGGGUACGUAUACGACGUGACAACGAUUCUCGGCCAUCACCCAGGUGGGAUUAAUUGCAUUUUAAAAAAAGGAGGUGAUGAUGUCUCUGUGGAUUAUUCUUUCCAUUCCAAGUACGCACAGAAGAAUUUUUGGGAACCUCUAAAAAUUGGAAAAAUUAUAACCUGCUCGAAGGAAGUUAACGACUUGCAGAUGGGAAGUCUCUCUUCCAAAAUGAAAAACAAAUGCAUGAUGAUGUGA